ACCAGCAGACUGUGCUUUGCCUACAAUCAAAAUGAAGUUCACUGUUGUGAUUGCUUCUCUUCUUGGAGUUUUCCUGGCUCCAGGUCUUGCUAAUUGGAACAGGAAGACUUGGCAACCCAAUCACCCUCUGACUGACAUCGGGGUCAUCACCAACGCACAGGAGAGCUCUGGGGACUGGAAAUCUGUCUGGGACUUCGCCUCUGGCUACGCUGCAACCAAGGUAUUUUCCAGAAACACCUGUAUCAUUUCUAAAAUGGACAGGAGGGCUUUCCUCCCUCAAGAGUUUCCUGCAGCUCCUCAAGGAGAUGAGGGCUUUGGUCCUCAGCCACUUCCACCUGGAGGGAAUCACUUCUUUAUCUCAUCAAACAGACUCCAGAGCUUGCGCCCAUACGGAAAACGCAUCCAGGCUCUGUGCAGAGGGAUUCCUUCCUACCUGGCUUACCCAGCUGCUGGAUCAAACUUCUUAAUGCAAGAUGUUGCAUGUUUGAAAGUUGACAUUAAUCAACUGCCCGUCUAUUACUGCCAUUAAUUAUUCCUGGUGACGUUUUGACAAAGACAGCUCACACAAGUCUACCCAAGAAACAAGACUUUUCUCCUUGACAAUCCUCUCUCCAUCACAUUUUCAAUCAUUUCUCUGUC